AUGGGCCGCUACGCUCGGUACAGCGAGUCCGAAACGGACGAGAGCGAAACCGACGUCUCCAUCAACGAAAGCCCUCGCCGGCGCACCGUGUAUCGUCGGCGGUCCGUCUCUCGCCGUCGGGAGAGCCCAGAGAUCAGGCAGAACACCUACCUGGCGCCCCUGGCUGGCGACACGCACCUGCAGCGGUCGGCGUCGACGGGCGGGCGUCGGCCCCGACCGACGCAGCAGCCCGCCGCACCCCCCACGGUGAUCGUCGAUAUCAAGAACGAUAACGAUCUCAAGAACCGCAGCUCCCGCUCCGACAAGAAGAACAAGAGCAGCAGCAAGCUCAGCAAGAUGUACCAGGAGGUGUUGAACGAGUCGGACGACGAGGUGCUGCGCGCCCGCUCCGUCUCCCGCCACGCCCGGAGCGUCUCGCGCGGCGUCGACUAUGAGCACAGUCACAGCCACAGCGGUGACCGCGACCGCGACUACGAGCUCGUCAUCGACCAGCGCAUCCUGGAGAAGAACGAUGCCCGGCAGGACAUGGAGCUAGUCCGGCAACAGGCUGAGAUCGAAAGGCUGGAGCGUGAGCUAGCCCAACGCCGCGACAGCCAUGACCAGCACCAGACCCGCCUGCUCAAGGAGGAGGAGGAGUGGUACGAGGACGCGAUCAGCGAGCGAUUGCGUCGCCUGGAGCGAUACGAGCGCAAGCAGCGCUUCGACGAGGACCGCUCCCGUGCCGAGAGAGAAGCACGUAUGAAGCAAUUCGAGGAAGCCGAGCAGCGCGCGCAGCAGAAGGAGCGGCUCGGCGAGGAGCGUGAUCGUGCCCAGCGGGAGCUGCGCAUGACCCGAUUCGAAGAGGCGGAGCGGGCAGCCCAGCAGAAUCAGCGACUCGGCGAGGAGCGCGAUCGCGUCCAGCGCGAGAUGCGCAUGACCCGAUUCGAAGAAGCGGAGCGGGCAGCAAGAGAAAAGGAGCGUCUCGGUGAGGAGCGUGAGCGUGUCGAGCGUGAGCUGCAGAUGAAACGAAUUGUAGAAACGGAGCGCACGGCAAAAGAGAAGGAGAGACUCGCCGAGGAGCGCGAGCGUGUCGAGCGUGAGCUGCGGAUGAAACGAUUUGAAGAAGCGGAGCGCACGGCACAACAGAACCAGCGACUCGGAGAGGAGCGUGAGCGUGUCGAGCGUGACCUACAGAUGAAACGCUUUGUAGAAGCCGAGCGGAUCUCGCAGCAGAACAAGCGCAUCGAGGAGGAACGUGAGCGUGUCGAGCGUGACCUCCGAAUGAAGCGCUUCGAGGAAGCCGAGGCGGCCGCCGAGGAGAAGAAGCGUAUGGCCGAGCGGCUCCGCCGGGAGAAGCUCGAGGAGCUGCAGCGCAAGAUGGACGAGGAAGAGGAGCGCGAGCGGAUCAAAAAGGAGAUUCGCGACGAGGAGGCGCGCAAGCAGCUCGAAGAGAUGGAACGCAGGCGGAAAGAGGAAGCGAUGAAAGCGGCCGUCAUCGAGGAGUGGAGGGUCAAAGAGGAGCAGCGCCGGCUCAACGAGAUUAAAAUGAGAGAAGCCAAAGACCGUGAGUUCAGAGAGCGGCUGCGUCUCGAGACGGGUUACACCGAAGAGGAGAUCGACGAUAUGCUACGCAAGAGGGGCAAGGAGAAGGCCAAGAAGGAGGAGAAGAAGGGCGAAGAGAAGGAAAAGGAGAAGGAAAAGGAGAAGGAGAAGGGCAAAGAAGUAGGAAAGGUGGUCAAGGAGGAGGUCGAGGUCGAGAAAACCGCAUGGAUCAAGGUCCAUCGCAAACAUCUGCUCCCCGAUACGCUCAUCGCAUAUCAUCUUCCCUGGGACUGGGACGAGCUCGAUGGCAACUACAUCAUCAUCAAGCAGUGGAUCUCCGAAGACCUCCAGGAGGAACUGUUUGCGCACACAAGGCGCCUCCGUGAGGGCAAACUUCUCACUCAGACCUCCAGUUCCCUGACAGAACUCAAGGUCAACGACCGGAGACGCGACAAGAUGUUUCUGGUGCGGAAAAAGAGCCCAAGCCGCCGUGCGUGGAUCCUCACCUGA